AUUCAGUGAUGGAACAACACUAACAAGUUGAUUUGACUGUCAAUGUAGCAUAGGCGAGAUGAUGCAGUAAAAUGUAAAGCUCUUACAGGGAUUAUCCGCAUUUACUAUUACAUCGCUGUUCAUCUCACGGAGUGUUCCAGUGGAAGUCUUGGAACAGUGCGCGAAACACAAGGAACAGUGACUGUAGAGGUUUUUACAUCUAUAUUGCCACCUACGCUUUAUGGUUAUGAACAUUUGUGGAUGAGCGCUGAGUUUUUAGCCUCGCGAAAACGUCUUGAAAAGAUGAAGGGAGCAAUCCAAGCACUUCUACUCUGUUCGUGUGUCUUGGCCGCAAAAGUGGCUAUUGGCGAGGCCUGUGUCAGUGAGCAGUUCACAAACACAGGUGAAUGUUGCAGCAUGUGUGCGCCGGGCACUGGUUUGGCAGCCAGCUGUGGCCAGGAAGACACUAAGUGUCAGCCUUGUCAAGAUGGUGUGUCAUUCUCAGACUCAAAGAGCCUUUCAGCUUGUCUGAUGUGUGCCCGCUGCCCUCAGGGAAUUCCUGAACUGGCACGCUGCACUCCCACUCAGGAUACCCAGUGUGACUGUGGUGAACAUUUCUUCCAGUGGCAAGAUGGUAACAGCACAGAUGAUCUCUGUGACUAUGGAAGUGGAGUGGUUCGACCCUGUGGACUGCUGGGAAAUACUGUUUGCGAGCCGUGCAGACCAGGGUAUUACUCAAAGGAGAGAAGCAGGAAACCAUGUGUUCCCUGUUCACGCUGUAAUGAUGACGAGGUGGAGAUCAGACCCUGCCUGCCUUACUCGGACACUGUCUGUAUGGUAAAAGACCUCAACAUCCUGUCCCAGCCAGCCAGUUCUGAAUUCCCCCGCUGGCCGACUCUGAGUGAAGAAACAGGACCCUCAAGCAGCCCAGUUUCAGAGUCAGGAGACCCUGGACUCACACCUCAUGACCAGGGAGGCAACAACAACAUCGUGGUCUAUGUGUCUGUUCUGGCUGCACUUGUGCUUGGCCUCCUGUUCUACGUCGCCUACAAAUGCUGGAAGUCCUGUCAGCAGAAGCAAGCUCUGGUGAAAGCUCGGGUCGGAGAGUUGAACAAUGCUGGAGAGGGAGAGAAAUUACACAGUGACAGUGGCGUGUUCCUGGACUCUCACAGCCUUCAGGACAGCCAGCCAAGCAAAGGCAGUAAAUGGGACAGCAAACAAGACACACGGCUUUAUGUGAACCUGCCCCCUCACAGGCAGGAGGAGGUAGAGCGACUUCUUGCUGAGGGCGGCAGUAAGAGCUGGAGGCAGCUGGCUGCCACGCUUGGUUACGAACAGGAUCGCGUGGACAUGUUUGGACGGGGCCAGGACCCCAUCCACACCCUGUUGACUGACUGGACUCAGCAGGAGGGCUCCACACUGGGCCUGCUGUGCUCCGCUCUCACCCGCAUCGAGCGGCCAGACAUCAUUACCAUCCUCAAUGCCCCAUCUCAAGGAGUGUCAGUGGUCUGAAUACUUGAAUAUGUUUUUACCCCUUCAUGAAAGUGAAAGAGACACUAAAAUUACAGAGGAAGAGUGCAAGACCCACUCAUUUUCGAAGGGGAAUGCCAUGUUGCGUGCACUAAAACUUGAAAGAUCGGGAUUGGAAAUAAUAACAAGGUUUAGUAUUCAUCGUAAUGUUUCACUUACGAAUUUUGUUUCAACAGGCUUGGUGAGAUGUUACCCAAAUUAAGAAUAAUUUCUGCUCAAGAUCUAGAUGUUUCCUGCAGUAUUCAAAGACAGUUUAUCCUUAGUAAUGUCCUUUUUGUAGUGUCAAAGUCUCAAUUUUCUCCAAGACACAAUCAUGCUGAACAUUCUCUCUUUCUGUAUUUUGGGUGCUUGUGGUUUCAGCUGUGGUUGAUAUCAAAGAACAUGAAGAUUUUGUGAGCUGCUCUCUAAACUCUGCGGCUUUAUGACUGACAGUUUUCCAUUUGUGUGGAACAGACUCAUAGUACUAGAGAAAGCAUUUCGCAUGCAAUGCAGUCUUGCUUUUGUAUUUAUAUUUCAGCGCUUUUGCCAUUUGAACAAUAGUCAACACAAAAGUUGGACAAAGUGUUCAGCUUCAAAACAGUGGGUUGUCAAGUGUGGCAUUACACAAUGAGGCAUGUUAUAAUUUGCAGAUAGAAAGGAAAACCACUAAAUGAGCUGCACAAAAGACUAGCAUGUUCAGAAGAACAAAUAUACUGACAAAUUGCCUUAAGAGUGAAUGAUUAUGAUUGGUUUUUAUGUUUGGUAGAUCAGUAUGCACUGACAAAACAAAAUAUGUGUCGUUCACACUUAAACGCUGCAAAAACUAUUUCCCUAAUCACUAUUUUUGUCUUGUUUUCCUGUAAAAAUGUUAUAAAUAAAAAGAAAAAACAGUGUAAAGAUAAUAAGGCUAGUUUUCAGGGAAUAUCUGAAUCUUGAAUUAAGUUUACUUUCUCAGCUUGUGGACAAAUCUUUUUUUUCUUGUUUAACCUCGUGAGACCCCGCGCCCACUUGCGUGGACAUUACGUUUUGGCUUCACUAUAGGCUAUGCUUAAUUUAAACCAACUGAUCUCAGUGCAGGAGACUCUAGGCUGUCAUUAAAGGGUUAAACUUUCAGUGCACAACAUGGUGCCAAUCUCAGCAGAGUUUGUCUUUCGUAACAAAACUACAUCUGGUAAGAAACCAGCUUAAGUUUUCACAUUAAAACCUGUUUGAGUCAAAAGAGUAGUCUCUAGUUUCAUCUUAUAUGCCAUUUUAAAAAUUGCAUUGAUUAAUCACAAACCGGCAUGCUGUUAACCACAAUGACAAUAGGACUAACUUUCCAUAAACAUUCUUCAUUCACUGUGCAUUUUCACAUUGAGAAUCAAUGGACGUAUCCAAAAGCUGGAAAAUGCUGCUUUCAGAGGCUGUAUACGGAGUUAGGAUGAAAAUAAGGUGUAUUUCAAACUGUUCUGAGACCAGUGAAGUCAUAUUCACUAAUUAGGGAGCAUCCAAUAGCUUUCCUAUGCAGCCUAGUGAAAUGGAAAAUGCACACAGCAGUCACGCAGGGGUCUCAGGAGGUUAAAGCAUAAACCUACACAGCCCCUUAGAGCAAGGGUCUUAAACAGGGGGUCCGCAAAUUAUUGUUUGAUCCACCAUUGGUGGCAUUUGUAAUAAUCACUCGCGAGAGAGCGACAGGAGUAUGAAUUAUCGACAUGUCGAAGUCCUUCGCAGCUGCGUGCCAAAUCUUAAAGUGUCACUAAACAGCGCUAAUCAGCAGAAGUGCGCAGCCCGGACAAACCCUUCACAUGACCACUGCUCAUCACGAGCCGCUCAAAUCACGACACACAUCAGGUUCCACAAUGCUGCAGUGGAGGGUCAUGUGAGUAAACACGUCUGCUUUGGGUUGGUCGCACUGUGCAGUUGAGCAGAUAACAGCCUGCUUUCAGAACAACUGCAUACUUGCCUGGUGUAAAUAAAUAGUUACCGCUGAGAUUAUCAAGCUGGAAUACAGGGUCCUUAACGUUCCACACACACAAGACGGUGACUCGCAAAUCAAUGUAAUUCAAGGUGCACUCAGUCAUUGUUUUCCUCAUUGCAAAUGUUUACUCAAUGAAAUCAACAGUAAUUUUAAAAUAUAUGUAUAAAAUCGAUCACUCACAUGAGUUGAAGACUCCAUUUUAGUAACCUUAUAAAAGUUGUUUUAUUCUGCAUGGACAGGGUCUGUCUGUCUGUCUUUUUCUUUCUUUUUGGAGGAGGUUUGGCACAGGGAUUUACAGGGGAAAUUAAAAAUGGCACUUCAUGUCAAAAAUGUUGCAGACCGCUGCUGUACAUCCCUGCUGAAAAGACCAGCUAAAACCAGCUUAAGCUGUUUGGCUGGUUUUAGCUGGUCGCCCAGUCCAGCCAGGCUGGUCAGUUAGCAGGUUUCAGAGGGGGUUUGAACACUUUUUAGCUGGUCAAGCUGGGAGGCCAGCUAAGACCACCCUGACCAGCCAAGACCACCCUGACCAACUAAGACCACCCUGACCAACUAAGACCACCCUGACCAGCUAAGACCAGCUAAAAAAGGGUUCAAAACCCCUUUAAAACCAGCCUGACCAGCUAUGACCAGGCUGGGCGACCAGCUAAAACCAGCAUCAUGAUUUCAAUGGCUUUGCAAUGUAAACAUCAUGAAGUAUACAUACAAUAAUAUGGUAGCCUACCAUCCUCGUUUUUAUAGGCAUAAAAUGCAACACUCAAUUUUAUACAAUAUGUAACAGGGGUCCCAUCUCCCGAUCCACCAAGGGGUCCUUGGCCUGAAAAUUGUUGAAGACUCCUGCCUUAGAGGACAGGGCAGGAUUAUUUAAAAAAGAAAAGUUGCAAUAAAUUGAUCAUGGUUUACUAAAGUAACCAUAUUAAAUCAUAAUUUUAUGGUAAAUCAAUAAACUAUGGUUUCAAAUAGUUUAACAAUGCUUAUGUAUUAAAAACCAUAGUAACCACAAGAUCUAUAAUCUUACUCUAUAGUAAAACCAUGGUAUAUGGAUACAGUAUACUGUAUUAAAACAAACAUGGUUUCUGCCAAAAGAAAUUUCAUAGUAUGUAUAAAAAAAUAUAUAUAAAAAAAACAUGGUUAAAUUUACAUGGUAAAUGGUACAUGCUUUGCUUGAGGAUGUUUAGGUAUUUUUACUUGAAAACAUGACAAAAAUGCUGAUUAAGAAAAUGAUUUUUGCAGCAGAUAGACAAGUGCCUGGUUUGCACCAACAGCGCAACCUAAAGCAAUUGAGGCCUACACUGCAUAUAUUAUAUCAUGAAGGCAAAAACUUCUCUUGUGCCUUUACUUUCAAUGCUCAGGUUUGUGCUUUGCUGGUUUACCCUACAAUGUUUUUAUUUUAGUAAUUUCUAUAUUAAGUGCAGAGUUCUGGGUGAGACUUAAUGGUUUCUGUGCUGAGAUGCUUCCAUACAACAUUUAUCACUUGUGUUUGUUCUUUUCAUUAAUGAAAUAUGUUUAUAGGUAUGUUUGUAUUUAAAAAAAAAAAAAAUAAUGCAUUGUGUGAGCAAUGACUUGGCAUUUCAUGACCCUGAAAAUGUUGUCAAUACUAGUCGCAGUAGGCAGUGUAUGAUGCUUAUGAAAGCAGUUACUAUGAAUUUGGGAGUAUCUUUCAUUUUAUAGGCCAUUUUCAGCACCAUUAACCCAAAACAGCAAAUCAUUGGGGUAGUCUCAUGUUCUUAGGCAUUGUUCCAUGACCUCAGAUGUUGAUUCAUAUUUUUUUUGUCUUACUCAUAAUACUCAUGUCUCUUUGCCCUUCCUGUCCAUUUAAACAGAACAUGUUCUGAAAAAUAGUGUGCAUUUUACUUUAAAUCCAUAGCCAGAUGAAACGGUUCAGGCAUGUCAAUGGCUGCCUUUUUGUCUGGGAUAAUUGUUUAGCUUGGCAAGAGACAACUGCAAAAUGUGUACAUUUGUUCAGGGCCAAAGUAAUGUUGCAUUGAUGCCAACCCGAAACCCAACCAAAAACAGCAGUUUAAUGAGCGUUUAUUAAGUUAUCACAAUAGCAUGCUUUGUUUAAAUAAUAAACGUUCUCAUCUGUACGUUUUCCUGUGGUAAUGAUGACAGUCUGGGCUGUAGAAUAUAUAUCUAUAUCUAUAUCCAUAUCUAUAUAUAUAUAUAUAUAGAUAGAUAGAUAGAUAGAUAAAGUGUCCAACUGUUAUGGUGCCUUGUUCCCGACAUAAAAUAAAAGUCCCGACUUUGUAUCUCAUAAUUACCGCGUUCUCGUAAUUGCGACUUUAAAUUACAGUAUUUUUUGCAAUUGCAAAGACUUUAAUUGCACCUUAUAGUUUUAGGAGUUUACAACUUUUAUAAUUAUACAUCAUAUCUCAUGCAUCUAAUAAAGUUUCAGUUAUGACAAAGUUGCAAUUACGAGAUAUACCCUAAAGUCAGAAUUACCUUUUUAUUUUUUCUUCCGUGACUGAUUUUUUUAAAUGGUUUAAUUUCUGCUUUUCGACAUAUAGAUAACUAUUAUACUAGUACAUUUAAAACAAGUUAUUUUUCAUAAUUAUAAUUAUUAUAAUAAUUUAUCUUAAAAUGUUAAGAGUUAAGCAUUUUUGUAACAAAGCUAACUUAAGAAUGGCUGUUACAUACUGUAAGAAGUUGAAUAACUUAAAAUAAAAGUAAAUUUAACUGCGAAUGCAGGUUUCCAGUUGGUGAAAUACUGUUGUUUAAUCCUAUUAUGUUUAACCCAGCGAGUAUUGACGCUGACUACCACACCUGGAGUCGCAAGUUCGAAUCCAGGGCGUGCUGAGUGACUCCAGCCGGGUCUCCUAAGCAACCAAAUUGGCCCGGUUGCUAGGGAGGGUAGAGUCACAUGGGAUAACUUCCUCGUGGUCGCUAUAAUGUGGUUCUCGCUCUCGGUGGGGCGCAUGGUGAGUUGUGCGUGGAUGCCGCGGAGAAUAGCGUGAAGCCUCCACACGCGCUACGUCUCCACAGUAACAUGCUCAACAAGCCACGUGAUGUGAUGUGCGGAUUGACGGUCUCAGACGCGAAGGCAACUGAGAUUUGUCCUCCGCCACCCGGAUUGAGGCGAGUCACUAUGCCACCAUGAGGAUUUAGAGCACAUUGGGAAUUGGGUAUUCUAAAUUGGGGAGACAAAAAAAGAACCAAUAACUGUUAAGAAAACUGUGAAUAUUGGCAAAAACUGAUUAUCGGUUGAUUGUCUUUAGUGGGGUGUGGUUGCUAUUCCCUUGAUGAUAGUUCAUUUUCUGUCUUUUGAAUGCCAUAGGGUCUCAAUUCAAAUAAAAUUAGCUUGAAAACGGUUUAAACUGUUUGAACCAUAUGGCUUUCAAAGGACAGAAAAUGGCUCUCAAGUCGAAUUCAUGCAUAUUUUAGUGAAACUGAGACCUCAGCUGUUCUUUAAGCAGAAGCUUAGAGUUUCAGGGGCAAAGAUCAAUGCUAUCAAAGACCCAUGAGCUGCUCUAAAAGAAAAUUUAGGAUUAAGCUGGGGGUACAAAGGACAAUAAGCCCCUGCUAUCAAGAGAAAUUUUGCAGCUCAGGUGUCUUCAUUUCCUACCCUUUUUUUCUCCAUCUCCUUGAAAUCUGUUAAUGAUUUCUGUGACUGCUCUGUUAAGUGAGAGCAAAGGGUUUGCAAGGAGUUGGGUGGCUCUACAUGCCAUCAUGUACUACAGAUGGAGCUGCUUAACUGCGGUCUGGAGCAGCCCAGCGGAAUGCCCUGGCCCUGGGAGCUCUACUCAACACAGUGCAGGGAGAGAGGGAGAGGAAAAAGAUGGCUUAGGCACCAUGCAAGCAGAGUUCGGGCCCUGGAAGAGCCUCUAAUGAAAGCAGUGCACCACUUCAGUGUACCAGUCAGAUCUCUGCUGUGGCACCGAGCACUGUGUUGGCACUCACCCUAUGGGUCCUCUUUGAAAAAAGGUUCAUCUUAAAGGAUUUAAAGUUAACAUUAAAUUAAAAUUGAACCCAUUUACUUUCUUA